AUGGCCGAUCGACGGGCGAGAACGCGACGCCACGGCGAUAAUGCCAUACUGUACAUAGCAGCCUUAUGUAUAUGCGAUUUCUUGAUGAGCCUCAGUCUUCCGCCAGCAAUUUUAGACAGUGUCAUCGGCUUCUGGAUCUUCGGCACAUGGAUGUGUAAAUUGCACCAUGUCUGUGGUUCAGUUGGUCGGAUUGUGUCCACGUUCCUGAUCACAGCGAUGAGUUUCGAUCGCUACGUGGCCGUAUGCCAUCCACAUCACACUUACCUACGAAGUCGAUCGUUCGUACUGGGAGUGAUCAGCUGUUAG